AAAAGGAACGCAAGAGAGCGAUGGGAGGCACCCCACUUAAUAGAUUUCGUCGUAAGGUCCUAUUCACAAGUGAAGAUGCUGCUGCGCCUCUGUGAGGCAGCCUGCAAUGCGCGCCAGCGGAGCGGCUGAAUCAUGAUAUCCCGGUGAACUUCUGAAGAGGCAGAAGCACCAAGGACCGAGAAACAACUAACGAGACUCACAGACUGAAGCUGCUUUGCGGGGAACAUUUCACCAGUGAAGAAACAGCGCGGUUUGCAAAUACUUAAUGCGCACGGCUGGAAAGCUUGAGGUUAACUUUGAGUUUUCUUUUGUUUGACAGACUGGAAACGCUGUCAUCAGUCCGAUUUUGCGGGUAACACUAGUAGGCUAUCUUUUUUAUUAGUAAAUCACUAUAAAUACUAACUUAUUUUUACUGUUUCUAAAUCAUUCUGUGUUGGUUGUUUAGGUUAGACGGUCAGAUAUACGCGCGUCUCCAAACGAGGACGCACGGAGAUCGUACAAGUGUCGAGACCAUUUACUCUAAUCCGAUGUCUUAUAUUCAAUGUCGCUUUGCUGUAGACGGUCCCAGAUCUGAUUAUUUUAAAUUAAAUCUUCCCAUCUUCAAGACAACAAAUCCACUGAGGGGAAUCAUAAGCAAACUUUGUGCGCUGAAGAAGUUUUAGUUCUUCGGGCAGUAUUAACUCUGCAAAGGUUGUUGCACAGCGUCACAAAAUGUACUAUUGUUUUUUUGGAAGGGAUCUGGUCUGUAAAGAGACACGUCUUUUAAAUUGAAAAGUACUGAUCCGUGUCUUGACGCGUUGUCCAGGACUGCUUUUUUUUUUUUUUUGUUGUUGUUUUUUGCUUAAAAUGGACUUGGAAGACCUGCCGUGGAGGAUUCAAGGGAGGUAACAUUUGGAAACAACACAGAGACAAAACGUGAACAGCUCAGACUCCUGGAAAGCUAAUCUCAGCAUGGCCUCGGCUUUGGACAGCGGCUGCUCCAUGGAGCUGAGCGGCUGGAACAGCAGUGUGAGCAGCGCUGGAGCCUCAGUCCCCUGCAACCAGAGCAUCCUGAAGCUCGCCCCUUACUCCCCAGAAGCCACGGCGGCCUUCGCUACCGCCAUAACUUUAAUGGUGGUCUUCACCAUCGUGGGGAACAUCAUGGUCAUCAUUGCUGUCCUGACCAGCCGGUCACUCCGAGGUCCCCAGAAUCUGUUUUUAGUGUCACUAGCUGCUGCAGACAUUUUAGUGGCCACACUCAUCAUCCCCUUUUCCCUGGCAAAUGAACUGCUUGGCUACUGGUACUUUAAGUCUCUGUGGUGCGAGAUCUACCUGGCGCUGGAUGUGCUCUUCUGCACCUCCUCCAUUGUGCACCUGUGCGCUAUCUCGCUGGACCGCUACCUGUCAAUUUCCAGGGUUACUUAUGGGCGUCAGCGGACUCCCAAACGCAUCAAAGCCGCUAUUGUGGUGGUGUGGCUCAUCUCUGCCAUCAUCUCCUUCCCUCCCCUGCUCUCACUGAACAAAAGCGAGGGAGGGGACCCAGCCAGUGAGAGAGGACCUCAGUGCCAGCUGAAUGAUGAGCGUUGGUACAUUCUUUACUCCACCAUCGGCUCCUUCUUUGCUCCAUGCCUCAUCAUGAUCCUGGUCUACAUAAGAAUCUACCAAAUUGCUAAGCAGAGAACACGUUGCCCACCAGGAGAGCCCAGGAAGGAUGGGGUUGGCUGUAUUACACCAAGUCAGCCACCACGACAUGUACAAGCCAAUGGGAAAGAUGAUGAAGAAAGCACACCCCCUUCAUCCAAACAAACCUCCAGUGCCAGACCCCCUACCCUUGCCAUCACCCCUUCUCCUUCCCCAGGAGAGUCUCAAAACACUGAGAAUCCCACCUCUAAUAAUCUCCUGCAACCUCCACCCUCUUCUCCAGCCUUGACCCCUGUCACAGCCUCCCUUGACACCUCUCCCCAUGUUCCCUCAACUCCCUCCUCCGUGCCCCCGUCUGCCCCUGCCAACACUAAAGAGGGGGGGAAGAAGAGCAAACGGCAGGGAGGGAAAAAAGCUGACAACAACAAUGGCGACAGCUCAAGCACAGAAAGCGAUAUGGAGCACAGCCACGGAGGUGGCCGAGGCAGCACCAGCAUGCCUGGGUCACCUGCCGGAGGGGGGGUCCACUCACCUGCCUCAGUGAAGCGCUACCGGGACAUGAUCGCCACUUCAAAGGGGGCCCGGCUGGUGCCAGGGAGGAAGUCAAAAACAGACAACAACCCUGGAGCAGCGAGGCGUAAAGCAAUGGUCAACAGAGAGAAACGUUUUACCUUUGUACUGGCAGUGGUGAUCGGUGUCUUUGUGGUGUGCUGGUUCCCGUUCUUCUUCUCCUACUCUCUACAGGCAGUGUGCCCAGAGACAUGUGCCAUCCCUGAUCCCCUCUUUAAGUUUUUCUUCUGGAUCGGUUACUGCAACUCCUCACUGAACCCAGUCAUAUACACCAUCUUCAACAAAGACUUCAGGAAGGCUUUCAAAAAGAUAUUGUGCAGAAACACCAAGGGUACUUUCUUUUAGCAUACAAAUCCAAUGUAUAGGACAUGGACUCAACAAAUUGCCACAUCUGAGGCAUAGAAAAAAAAUAACAAUUUCCAUUUUUGAGAACAAUCAAAGGGCUGUUUUAAAAAGAUGUUGAACUGUGGAAAUUCCAGCAUAAAAAUCAUAACUGAGAGCCACUCUUUUACAGCUGCAGUGUGCAGAAACUUGGACUGUGAAAUCCCAGUUUGCAGCUGAAACACACAGAAAUCUUUACAGUGUGAGGGUUGAAAUUAGGACAUGGAAUAGAUGCAGUGCUAGACAGUAAACGGCUUGGGACUUCUGUAUUGCUGAUAAGAAUUUGAAUGCAAAGUUUUAUCGUCAGAUCACAUUGAAUAAUGGAUAAUGCUGAGGCAGAGAGUGGUGCAGAAUCAUGUACACACAAAACAGAAAGUCUUGCAGAAAGCAGGGAAACAGUUGAGGAGCAAGUUCUGAAUAAGAAGAGAGGGUGUCUAUAAGAUUUUAUAGUUAUUAAGGACUCCAGGACUAUUGGGGAAAUCAAACAGGUAAAAAGAAGAAAAAGUGGCCUUUAGAAUCCUGUGAGCCUAGGGCCCUUUAUUCAUCAGUACAGAGCACAAGGAGCACACAAGGUUAGUGGUGAUUUCUUACGUCUGCAGUCUUAAUUUGCCCAGCUGCAGGGCAAACAUGUGUUCCUCGAUUUUUAUCUAAAAGCGCCAACAACAAGAGGUUUCUGACAAUCUCAAAUGUGAUAGCACAAGGGUUCCCUUUCAAACUGAACUAUGUGGAAUGCCUUCAUGUCAGACACCUUGCUCUUGGCUCGCUAUGGGUCAUAAUGGACACUCAGGUUGUUUGUAAUGACACUCCUGGCUUUCACCUUUCAUGAAAUACAGAAUAAGAUGACGUGUGGUGUGGAGUUUGGACUUAAAAGAAAGAUGUAAAAGAAAGAAAGACCUUUUAUUAGCUUGCUGUAUCCCGCUUUUUAACUUCUCCUGAACUAUUACAUCGAUGGACUGCACUGAGCAACCACUCUAAUGAUCUCCCUAUUGGACAUUUAAGUAAGAAAACUGCUCUUAGCUUCUGGAUAAUGCUUCAGCUGUUAUUCAGUGUCUAAUGGAGGGUGCAUCUACUGAAAAACUAGAUUCUUAUCUAUCUAACAUGUGAACAUUAUUUUCCAGGAACCCUGCUUCACGGCGAGCAGCAGCAUUUAGCAGGUAGACAUUUACAGUGACUGUAAAAGACACAUGUACAAUGCAAUUAUGGAUGUGUGAUGUUACCCCCCAAUUACGCCUACAUGGGUUAUUCUGACAACCAUUUGGCUGAGUCACUCUUUACCAACGCCUCUGGCACAUCAUCGUCUGCAGUGGACUUCUACAUGGCACAUCUGAUUUGUCGCUAAGAGGCGAGAGGAUGAAUGGUACAUUUAUUUUUCUCACCAAGACACUGAGGCUCUGUCAGUUCUCUUGACAAAAAAAAGAAAAAAAAAAAAAGAAAGAAAGGAAGAAAGAAAAAGAAAAUGUGUCUGUUACUGUGAAAAGCACACAGGUUUAUUCACUCCAUGGGACAAGGGCUGUCAGCAGUAACACUUCAAUUUACUAAUUGUCUAAUUCUGCUGACCUGUGUGAGUGAGUGUGUGUAUGUGCGCAUUGACUUACUUUUUUUUUCUGUAGAGAGUGUCAGUGCCUCCAUGUCCUCCGGCUGCUAUGUACUACAGAUAAUAUCUGUAAUAUUGACAAGAAGAGACCAGAUUUCCUGGUGCAGGCAUCACUUUGCUCUCAGUCAUGUGACUGUUUCUACUUGAUGGAAAGAAAUAUAUCACAAUGUUGAGAAAGUCUUAUCGACCUGAAAGUCAGUGAUAUUGAGUACAUGGCUUUUUAGUGAUCACCCUCAAGGGACCAAAGAGCCUUAUAAGGACACCUGCCUGACUCAGCGAUAUCUGGCUCUGCGUUGCUUUAAUGAAGUAUUACGACUGAAGAUUAAAAACACUGUAUUAUUUAUUUCACUCUAUUUUGUGUUUUCUGUAUGUUACUUAUUUAUUGUUAAGUUACUGUCUUUUUAUUCUGAAAGUUAAGCAAUGUGUAAGUGAUCACAGAGAGAGAACACUGUACAGAUUUUUAAUAUUUUGAAUAAGAGCAAGAUUGAUUCAAGCUAUCAAGCUCUUACUAUGUGAGAUUGAGCUAUAUUUGAGCAUGGGGGAUGUAUUUGUGUUGAAGGAAGAUGUGUGUUAUGCAGAAUCUACAAUACAUUUGUCAUGAUUUUUUCAUCUAGUUAUAGUACGGUAAAACGUUCAUUCAGAUAUAAAAGCACAUGUACAAUUUAUCAAACAUACUGCAGCAGAAAAAAAAUCUCUCUUCACGGCUGUCAAACCGUUUCUGAAAAAGUAAUCGAACAUGAAAAUGUCAGAGGCAUCCGGAGCCGGUUUCAGUUGAUCAGUAGAUGAAUUGCAGGCUUUGUGCAGUACAUUAAGGCUACAAUCCAUGCCGCACACAGCUGCUUCGAGAUAACAAAAUAAAAACAAAAUGGUUGGGAGUAGGAGCUCUGUGUACUUGUACAACUGCUUCCUGUCCUCAUCUGAAAUCUGAAAUGGUUAUUUUUUUCUCCAGAAAUAAAAACUGCUAUAGCAACAUAAUUAUAACAAAAAUAGCCACACAGGUCAUGGAUUCAUGGGUUCAAUAAAUAUGAGUUGCGUCCCACCCCCCUCCCAACCCCAAACCAUGGCUUUAUGUGGUGAGACUGCUGCUUUGUUUAUUUAAAAAAAAAAAGAAGAAGAAGUUUGAAUUAUGGCUUAAAGGUGACAGAUGCAGUAAUUUGCUUUUUGAUCACCUUCUUUUUCCCUACAGCUGCCUGUAUUGUCUCUUCUCUUGCUGUGUUUGGACCAAACCGCAUGGUCUGAGCUUUACAAUCUUCUAUCCUCCCAUCUGUCGUCAUCCCCUUCCAGUUUCGGAAAAUAAAGCUACUUGAAAAAGCA